UGUACGAUAUUUAUAAACAUAUAUGGAAUCAAGUUUUUUAUAGUAACUUAGACAUAAUGAAAAAACAAUGUCAUAUCAAAAAAUGACGUAUGUAAAGUGAAAUAACUUCAGUCAACCAGAGUUUUAAAUAAUCCAUCAUUGAUUAGAAAGUUUGUCAAAUCAGUAAUUUUAAGAAAAUAUCAUAAAUGGAAAACGAGCAUGAGUCUUCGACAGAAAUUUCAACAGAUAGCUCAAGUAAUACCGACAGCAUUCAAAAUGUUGACAAUCAAUGCAUAGAAUUAUCCAAUGAGGAGCAAAGGAUAAAGGAUCAAGCGGACGUCGAUUUAACAUUGGAUCUAGGAAGCAUGUUGCCAAAUUAUGAUCGUGUUUCUGAGAAUGAGAAUGAUGAUUCAUUAGAAAAGCUCUCAGCUGUUCUUGAACAGCCAGAAGACUCGGUGAUUUUAGAGGGCGCGCAGUCAGUAGAAGAUGGCCAAGACGAUAAAGAUUUAAACUACAUUCUUCGGGAGCGAAUAGAGUCGCUCAGUGAAGUAAUGAGGAACUUAAAGGAAGAAUUAAGGAAGGAAAUAGAACUUUGGAAAAAAGAAAAAGGGGAAUUGCAAUUUUUACGUGAAAAGGAUGAUGCAUUGGCUUUGGAAGAAGCAACUGCAGCCGCACGUGCAGCUGCAGCAGCCUAUGCUGCCGAAUCGCCAUUAUCUAACAAUCUGGGGGAUGUUUUAGAUAUCUCAUCAGAGGAUGCGUUCAGAGAAUUGACAAUACUCGAAUAUGAGAAACGUUUGGCUAAAUAUCAAGACGAAUACUCAUUUAUUCAGGCGGAAAAGCGUUAUAAUGCCCGAUGGAAAAUGAUAGCAAACGCGUAUAAGCAGAAAUUGAUGGAAGUGGAACGACUUUGUAACGAGGAAUUAGAGAAAGUUCAAAAAAAUGUGAAUCAUUUGCAACCGCUGAAAGAAAUGGUAUCACAAUGGUAUCUCGACGAAGAAAACCAUGGUGAUUCGAUCAGAAGAACCGAUUUUGCUGCAAAUGUCCAGAAACUCAAUACUUUCAAUGAGAAUAAUAUGCUCAAUCGUCACACAUUGCAAAAGAUAGACGCGGAAGUCAAUAUGGCACCAGAAAUAUUCGUUGCUCGAUUCAAAUCCGACGAUCCAACAAAAAUAGAUAAACUUUAUGGAUAAAUCUCUCCCCAUACUUAUAAUAAUACUUUUAAUUCAACGUUUUCGGGAUACAUUUAAUAUACACAUAUUCGUAUUACUUCUCACAUAUUAGAAACAGAAUUACAAUUUACAUAAAUCUUAAAUUUUAAUUUUAGAUACCAUUUUGAAUAAAUAAAUAAUCUAUCGUAAAAAAAUAUACAUACCUUUACAUUAUUUCAUGUUGUUACUCCGUGAAGGAUAUUUCCAUUCAUCAUGAGAAAUUUUGAUAAUGCAGUUACAUUCAAAUUAAAGCAAAAUGUCUACCCUUCUCUAGGGGCUACGGAUAUGGGAAAGUGAUUGCAAAAGUUUUGAAGAAUUACCGAUACAUACUAUAUAAUUUUGCAAGACUACAAUUGUACAACAACUUUGAUGCAAAUUGGUUUGUUUAAAACAAUAUUUGAGAACUAAUACGUAAAAGUAUAUCGUUUAUUGUGAAAAAUAUCUGAAGUACGUUAUUCAAAAGUGUUACCGCGCGCGUUCCUUCGUUCACUAACGGAUGUGGACUAUACCAUUUGGACCGUUCCAAUUGUUCCAACGUUCCUUAUUCAUUGUUUACGUGACGUG